GACUCAGUGAGGCUGCCUCCUCUUGGCAGCUGGGCUUGUCCCUCCUGCUGAUGGCCACGGCCUGCUGUAGCCUGGCAACUGGAAAACCGCCGGGCCAGAUGGGAGCCCGGCACGGGGCGCACUCUCCAGCCAUCUUCAGAGCCAGCCUGGAGGGUAGGUAUUUAUCCACAGUGUAAGCUUAAAAUCCUAAGUGGGUAUCACAGGCUCAUGGUAAAAAAUGAAAAAUCAAGUACCCCUCCUCUUUUAUACAGGUGGGGCCUCUCUGCACAGUCUACACUGUGGUUUGCUCACCAACCUAAAGGCUGCACCCCAUCCACACACGAAGCCCAUAUCCAUGGUACAGACCUCCGCACAUGUGUGUUCCUCAGCCCCUCACGGGGACACAUAUAGGAUCUCCGGGCUUUGGCUUCUGCACACUGCAUGCAGUUCAUGUGGUGCAGACCACUCUGGGCCUGGCUGGGCCAGGUCAGAGGCACAGCUGGUUCCUAUUUACCAAAGAGCUCUCUCAGCGACUGCACCGGCUUACCCCCACCUCCAUAACUCGACCAGGGCCCACUGCCGGCCAGGGAGAGACAGGCAUCACAUCCACACCAGCACUGGAGGGGCCAAAAUGAGUGGUUUCCCCAGAGGAAUCCUCCGUGGUCUGGCACGCCGAGGGGCCAAGCCAGCCUGAGAGAACCCAGGUCUGCCCCCGGCCCCUCGUCCCGGGUGUGGCCUCGGGCGUCAGGUCUCUGGGCUCAGCACUGUCAUCUGUGAAACAAGGGUGGUCAUGGGACCCACCCGCGGGACUGGCAUGAAGAUGAAGUUUGUUGUGAAAGCGCUUACUAGGGCAGCACCAGGCACGUGAGGUGGUGAGGAUGGUCUGGGUGAGCCCUGUACCCACCCCAGGUCUGCAGCUCUUGGGGUCAGUGCUGGGGUCUGGAUCUCUUGCCCCUCAGAAGGGGUCAGGGAAUGGGAGAGGGUUUGGAACCAUCAAUGGAAAGGGGGAUGAGUUUAGCCCAGUUUUUCACUGUCCUGACAGGGACACUGAGGCCCAGGAGGCCUAGACUUGAAGUGACCAUGGGUUCAGCAGCAUGAGCUGCCCUUCAGUGCCGCCAGGAAGCAGGGCGGGGGGGCAGAGCUGCAGGACCCCAGCUCUGAGACAGACGGCUCGGGAACACGGAGCCACAGGCUAACGCCAGGUCCUGGGCAGCCCUCCUUGGACAGGACAGGACUCAGGGCCCCUCGCUGAGCCCAGCCUCCUCCAGGGGCUGAGAGCUUGCUGCCCUCUGCAGCCCCCAGGCCAGCAGGCAGCCUCACCUGGGAGCUCAUUAAGAGUCACAGAAACCCAGACUCUGCCCUCCACCCAGCUCCCGCACAACAGCGGCAGUCCAGCCGGGAGGACAGCUCAUCUGCCAUGGGGGUCGGGACACGUCUGAGCACAGACCUUAACCCUGGGUCCCAGCCCCCAGCCCCAGCCCCUUCCUGACGACCUGCUCUGUCCCACCCUUAGCUCCCUGGGAGGCAGAGGCAGUGCAGGGUCUGGCUCUUGCCCCGUGGGCAGCGCUGGAAACUGCUGCCACUUGUGCUUCCUCCACCAGGCACCAAGCACGGCAUCUCCGCCAGUCUCAUGGACCCGCAUCGGUGUGUUGGGGUAUAAGCAGGCUUCAGCUGGGGAGCGUGAGGCUCAGAGAGGUGAAGUGAGCGGCCCAAGGUCACCCAGCAUGGUGUGCAGAGCUGUGUAGCAUCAGAGCCCAGGUCUUUACAGGAUGGGGACCAAGUUGGGCCAGGUGACAACUCUCAGUACUCCAGAGCCACCAGCGAGCCCCCACAACUGGUGGAUGUGACUCUGACAUCUCUGGAGCCCCCGUCUCGAUAGAAGACUGCCCUCUCCCUGUGGUCAGCGCAGAGCUGGCCAGCAAAGAUUCUCCCACAGCUUUCCAGAACGGGCUCCCUGGGGUUGGGCUGAGUUCACUGUGAACAACUGAGAGAGGCACUUCCCAGACACCUAGUGACCGGAAUCUGGGGCGGGCCAGGAGAUCUGGUUUAGUUGGAGGGGAGGCCCGAGAGGGCCGGGCCUGGGGAGAAAGAAACAUGCUUUCAGCUACAAGCACAGAGAAUGGGCAGAAAGUAUCCUGUCCGUCCUGGGAGAGAAAUAGAGUGCUGUUCAGAACAGCUGGACGCUGGACUCAGACAGCUGCCCUCCCCUCGGUUGCGCCCCCCCAGCACCUCCACGUCUCACGGCUGCAUGGAGGAGAGGAAAGUCAGCCAGGACAAAGCAGCAGCCGAAAACCAAAGGCAAAUAUUUUCCGUCCUGAGGAGAGCGGUCCCAGGCUGCCUCCGGAUUUGAGCUGGUGGUUUGCUUUCCCCAAAAGCCAGUGCUUCUGGUCACCAGGCGAUGUGUUUAGGGGGGCGACCCAGGAUCCACCUGGUUUUGGGGAGAGCCAGGAAUGGGGGGCAGAGGGGGCAGCAGGGCAUCCAUCCAAGCCUUGCCCGGAAAUGGAAGCUCCCUUCCCAGCAGAGGGGCAGCAGGGGAGCCCGGAGCACAGGGUGGCCCCAGCUGUUCAUCUGGCAGAGUCCCCCCAAUCCAGAAUCCAGCCUUGAGAUGGAGACUCCCUCUCAUAUCAAAAUAGGAGCUGCCUGUUUGGGCAACGCAAAGCUGCCAGGCCCUAUGUGAAGUUGUGGUUUGUCCUAACCAGCCACACACGUGUGAAGAGCUUGUGACAUUCACAUCUGGGCCGCACAUGAGGUUCCUCCUGGGACCCUCAGUAAGACCCCCAUCACCAGGGUGGCUGAGUCUGAAGGGGUUGGGAGGGGCUUGGGGGGAGGAGAUUGGGCGGGUAGUUGGUGGACGGUGUGAUUUCUCUCCAGCUCUUCACCACAUCAGGCCCCUGCCCUUUUUUUCUCCCAAGAAAAACAGUUUUCUGAAAUUUCCAAAGGAGCGAACCAGGGCCUCCCUGUCAUCCUUGACCCUAGAAUGGGAGGACUCCUCCUACAAGCUGGGGUGGGAGGAGCUAGGAGCCCUCUCCCCACCCCCUUCCCCGACUCCAGGGCUCAGUUUCCCCAUCUGUGAAAUGAGAGGUUACAUCACCUUCCAGAUGGCAGCUUGAGGGUUAGCGGUAUGAUCUGCCAAGGCCCUAGGAGGGGACGGACACGCUGUCCUGCUGUUAUACCUGCUUCCAUGGUCUGAGGGUUACUGAGAAUUUUCAAGACCUGGGGGAGGCCCCAGGCUCUGUAUCCAGGCUGGUUGAGGAGAGAAGCCGGGUGACAACCCCCCUUUGCCCUGCCAGGCUGUGCGUGUGCCCAGGGGAUCCCUGCUCUGUCCUCAAACCUCCUCCUGUCCAGGCCAGGCUGGGCCUCCCAGAUGGCCCAAGGGUGUCAGCAGGCCAGCUGUUCUCACAUCUGUAUUCCACCCCAGCUCCAACCGGCCAGGCUUCUUACCUCUGCAGUAAUUUUGGACAGAGGCUGCUACCCUGGGGUGGGAGCCGCGCCUGCUUGCUCCCCCCGCCCCCCCACCCCCCACCCCAUUCAGCUAGUCCUGGGAGAGAAAUCUGGCCCCAGUUCCCAAAUAUGCCCUGUUCUUUGCUGCUACUGGGCCAGCACUCCGGGCGGGAAGGCCCUUUUCCCUCUUCCCAGCAGGCCAGACCUCCAGUCUACCCCCCACCCCUGCAGGAAGGAGGUGGUCAGGGGGUCGAUGCCUGAGCAGUCUGGAAAAUGUCAAGUGACUGAUCCAGCCGAAGCCCCCAGGGCUUUCUGGGUCCAGCCCUAUCCUUAGCUGCCCCCCUCUCUGGGGCGAAGGACAGGCUGGGGUUUGGGUGGGUGGCCUUUUGGCGAGCAGGGUAAUGGGAGUGGACGUGGACUUCCUGUGCCUCAGGCCUCUGAGGAAGGGGGCGGGGGUCUGGGCUGCUGGGCCUGCUGGGGAAGGGGCCGGGAGGAGGGGGCAGGCUGGGGGAGGAGCGCCCGCCCCCCGCACCCCAGGCCCGGCCUGGCGGUCCGCCUUGAAGUCGCCGGUGUGCAAGGCCGCUGCUGUGUAAAUGGUGUGUGUGUUUGGAGCGGCUUAGGGAGGAGGCUGGAGAUGGGGGAGGCAGCGCCCCACUUGGCGCCGCCGCUGCCGGAGGGUCCGCGUAUUAGAAGCUCCAGCUUCGUGGAUGAUUGAAGAAGGGUGGGCGUUGAGGAGAGAAGGACGAAAUCCAGAGGGGGUCUCGGCGCCCUGACUUGGCCGCCCCGCGUCUGCAGAGGGAGAGCUGAGCGAGCGCGGAGGGAGGCGAGGGGACGAGCGCGCCGGGCUCCCCGCCCCCAGCCCAGCCGGUUCCAAUAUUUCGCAGAAAGGCACGCGGCUCCUAAUCGGUCCUUUCCAGGCUGAGAUUUAGCCGCGCGAUGCCCGUGCAGGGGCGGGGGCCGCGGGCCGGGGGAGGCGCUCGGAGUCCGGAGGCGCUGAGCGAGAUAACCAGCCCAAGUCAUGCAGUCUUUUCGAGAAAGGUGUGGUUUCCAUGGCAAACAGCAGACCUACCAGCAGACCUCACAGGAGACGUCGCGCCUGGAGAACUACAGGCAGCCAAGCCAGGCCGGGCUGAGCUGCGACCGACAGCGUCUGCUGACCAAGGACUACUACGGCCCGCAGCCCUUCCCCGGUUACGAGGGCGGCGCGGGCACGCCCGCCACAGCGCGCGCCGGCAAAGGCCUGUCCUCGCCGCAGGCCCCGCCGGGGAGGCCGGCCUUCGCGGGCUACACCGUCCAGGACGGCAGCCCCUACACGGGCCGCUACUCGGGCGAGGAGGGCUUGCAGGCCUGGGGGGGCCCCCAGCCACCACCCCCUCAGCCGCAGCCCCUGCCAGGUGGGGUGGGCAAAUAUGACGAGAACCUGAUGAAAAAGACGGUGGUGCCCCCCAGCCGGCAGUACCCAGAGCAGGGUGCCCAGCUGCCCUUCCGGACUCAUGCCCUCCACGUCCAGCAGCAGCUGCCGCAGCCCCCACCAUCCCUGGCAUACCCCAAGCUCCAGAGGCAGAAACCCCAGAGUGACCUUGCCUCCCCUCUGCCCUUCUCCCAGGGCAGCCACUUCCCCCAGCAGUCCCAGUCCUUCCCCACCUCCUCUACCUACUCCUCCAGUGGCCAGGCCGGUGGGCAGGGGGCCCACUCCUACAAAAGCUGCACAGCCCCCUCCGCCCAGCCCCACGACAGGCCGCUGACCGCCAACGCCAGCCUGGCCCCAGGCCAGCGGGUCCCAAACCUUCAUGCCUACCAGUCCAGCCGCCUCAGCUAUGACCCACAGAAGCAGCAGCAGCAGCAGCAGCAGGCCCUCCAGAGCCGUCACCAUGCCCAGGAAAGCCUGCACUACCAAAACCUCGCAAAGUACCAACACUAUGGGCAGCAAGGCCCAGGCUACUGUCAGCCGGACGCGACUGUCAGGACCCCAGAGCAGUACUACCAGACCUUCAGCCCCAGCUCCGGCCACUCGCCGGCCCGCUCCGUGGGCCGCUCACCCUCCUACAGCUCCACCCCGUCGCCACUGAUGCCCAACCUGGAGAACUUUCCCUACAACCAGCAGCCACUUGGCCCUGGGGCCUUCCCCGCUGGCCUCACCGACCACAGCCACUUCAUGCCCCUGCUCAAUCCCUCCCCGACGGAUGCUGCCGGCUCUGUGGACACCCAGGCUGCCAACUGCAAGGCCCUGCAGAAGGACAAGCUUCCCGAGAGCCUGCUGUCGGACCUCAGCCUGCAUAGCCUCACGGCCCUGACCUCCCAGGUGGAGAACAUCUCCAACACCGUGCAGCAGCUGCUGCUGUCCAAGGCGGCCGGGCCUCAGAAGAAGGGCCUCAAGAGCCUGGUGGGCCGGACGCCGGAGCAACACAAAAGCCAGCACUGCAGCCCGGAGGGCAGCGGCUACUCGGCCGAGCCAGCGGGCACACCGCUAUCGGAGCCGCUGAGCAGCACGCCGCAGUCCACACACGCUGAGCCGCCCGAGGCCGACUACCUGAGCGGCUCUGAGGACCCGCUGGAGCGCAGCUUCCUCUACUGCAGCCAGGCCCGUGGCAGCCCCGCCAGGGUCCACGGCGGCUCCAAGGCCAAGCCCGAGUCCGUGUCCACCUGCUCCGUGACCUCGCCGGACGACAUGUCCACCAAGUCCGACGACUCCUUCCAGAGCCUGCACAGCAGCCUGCCCCUCGACAGCUUCUCCAAGCUUGUGGCUGGCGAGCGAGACUGCCCACGGCUGCUGCUCAGCGCCUUGGCACAGGAAGACUUGGCCUCCGAGAUCCUGGGGCUGCAGGAGGCCAUCAGUGAGAAGGCCGACAAGGCCUGGGCUGAGGCACCGGGCCUGGCCAAAGACACCGGCAAGCCGCCCUUCUCUCUGGAGAACCACAGCGCCUGCCUGGACCCUGUGGCCAAGGGUGCAUGGCCACGGCCAGGGGAGCCGGAGGCCCUGCCCGAGGCCCUGCAGCUGGACAAGGGCAGCAGCGCCAAGGACUUCAGUCCGGGGCUAUUUGAAGACCCCUCUGUGGGCUUCACCACCCCUGACCCCAAGAAGACAGCUGGUCCCCUCUCCUUCGGCACCAAGCCCACCCUGGGGGCCGCGGCCUCAGACCCCACCGUGGCUUUUGACUGCUUCCCAGACACGACCUCUGCUGGCUCGGCGGAUGGUGCCCACCCCUUUGCCUGGCCCGAGGAGAACCUGGGGGAUGCCUGUCCUCGGUGGGGGCUGCACCCCGGCGAGCUCACCAAGGGUCUGGAGCAGGGCGGAAAGGCCACUGACAGUGCCAGCCAGGAUGGCACCCGGGAGGCUUCGGCCUGCCUGGGCUUCCAGGAGGAGGCGCCCCCUGGGGAGAAGGCUGCGGUGCCCCGGGACUCCCAGCAGGAGACGGUGGGUGGGGUGAAGGAGGAGGCCGGCGGGCUGCUGCAGUGCCCCGAGGUGAGCAAGGCCGACCGCUGGCUGGAUGACAGCCGGCAUUGCUGCUCGGCUGCCGAUUUUGGGGACCUCCCACUGCUACCGGCACCGGGCCGGAAGGAGGACCUGGAGGCCGAGGAAUACUCAUCCCUGUGCGAGCUCCUGGGCAGCCCCGAGCAGAGGCCGGGCCUGCAGGAUGCGCUGUCGCCCAAGGCCCCACUGCUGUGCGGCAAGGAGGAGGUGGAGGAGGUGCUGGACCCCAAGGCCAGCUGGGGAUCCCCGUGCCCCCUCUCUGGGGACUCAGUCAUCUUGCUGGGCCCCACUGUGGGUGCUGAGUCCAAGGUCCAGAGCUGGUUCGAGUCCUCCCUGUCCCAUAUGAAGCCAGAGGAAGAGGGGCCCGAGGGGGUGCUGGCCCCAGGGGAUUCCGCCGCCGUGACCCCGGAGGCCUCCCUGGCACAGAAGCCAAACAAGCCUGCUGUGCCCGAGGCCCCCAUUGCCAAGAAAGAGCCUGUGCCUCGCGGCAAAAGCUUGAGGAGCCGGCGGGUGCACCGGGGGCUGCCUGAGGCCGAGGACUCCCCGUGCAGGGCACCGGCGCUGCCCAAAGACCUGCUGCUCCCCGAAUCGUGCACAGGGCCCCCCCAGGGACAGAUGGAGGGGGCGGGGGCCCCAGGCCGGGGGAUCUCAGAAGGACUUCCCAGGAUGUGUACCCGCUCCUUCACGGCCUUGAGCGAGCCCCGCACACCCGGACCUCCAGGCCUACCCACCACCCCUGCCCCCCCAGACAAGCUGGGGGGCAAGCAGCGAGCCGCCUUCAAGUCAGGCAAGCGGGUGGGGAAGCCCUCCCCAAAGGCCGCUUCCAGCCCCAGCAACCCGGCCGCCUUGCCCGUGGCCUCCGACAGCAGCCCCAUGGGCUCCAAGACCAAGGAGACGGACUCGCUGGACGCACCGGGCAAAGACCAGCGGUCCAUGAUCCUCCGGUCCCGCAGCAGGGCCCAGGAAGCCUUCCACUCCAAGCGCAGGCGGCCCUCGGAGAGCCGACUGCCAAACUGCCGUGCCGCCAAGAAGCUCCUCGCCAAUAACCACCUGCCUACCACGUUCAAAGUUGCUGGCAGCCCCCAGAAGGAGGGGAGGGCGGGCCAGCGGGUGAGGGUCCCCAAGCCUGGUGCCAGCGGCAAGCUCUCAGAUCGACCCCUCCACGCCCUCAAAAGGAAGUCAGCCUUCAUGGCUCCCGUCCCCACUAAGAAACGCAACCUGGUCUUACGCAGUGGCGGCCUCGGGGGAGACGUGAAGGAGGAGGGGGCCGAGGGCUCCCCCACCCUCUUCAAGAGGAUGACGUCUCCCAAGAAGGCGAAACCCACCAAGGGCAAUGGUGAGCCCACGGCGAAGCCACCGCCCCUGGAAACCCCGGACGCUGGCCUGAAGCUGGCCUCACGGGCGUCCUUCCAGGGAGCCAUGAAGACCAAGGUGCUGCCACCCCGAAAAGGCCGGGGCUUGAAGCUAGAGGCCAUUGUGCAGAAGAUCACCUCGCCCAGCCUGAAGAAGUUCGCAUGCAGAGCACCAGGGGCCCCUCCUGGGAAUCCUGUGAGCCCAUCCCUCCCCGAGAAAGAACGUGGGCUCAAGAGCGCUGGGGGAAGCCUUCUGGGGGCAGAGGAAGGUCUCUUAAAUGUGAGCCCCGGGCAGAAGUUCCCGGCAGCUCUGGGGGCCGAGCCGUUGUGCAGAAAUCCGACCAAUAGAUCCUUAAAAGGCAAACUCGUGAACAGUAAGAAACUGUCCUUGACCGAUGGUUUCAAAACAGAGGCCUUCACGUCCCCAGAGGCCCUGCUGCCCGGGGGCACUGCCCUGGCGCCUAAGAAGAGAAGCCGGAAAGGUAGAACUGGGGCCCUUGGACUCCCCAAAGGCUCCCUGGAGAAAAGGCCCCACCUCGGCCCAGCUCUGCUGCUGACUCCCCGAGACAGGGCCAAUGGCACGCAGGGGGGCAGUGAGGACAGCUCUGGCGUAGGAGGCAAGAAGCCAAAGACGGAGGAGCUGGGCCUGGCCGCCCAGCCCCCAGAGGGCCGGCCCUGCCAGCCCCAGACAAGGGCACAGAAGCAGCCGGGCCAUGCCAACUACAGCAGCUAUUCCAAGCGGAAGCGCCUCACACGGGGCCGGGCCAAGAGCACCACCUCCUCACCCUGUAAGGGGCGUGCUAAGCGGCGGCGGCAGCAGCAGGUGCUGCCCCUGGAUCCCGCCGAGCCUGAAAUCCGCCUCAAGUACAUUUCCUCCUGCAAGCGGCUGCGGGCAGACAGCCGCACCCCCGCCUUCUCGCCCUUCGUGCGGGUAGAGAAGCGGGGUGCGUUCACCACCGUGUGCACUGUUGUCAACUCCCCGGGAGAGGAGCCCCAGCCCCAGAGGAAGCCUUCCUCCUCCUCCUCCUCGUCCUGCUCCUUGGACACGGCCGGGGCCUCCCUAGCCACGCUCCCUGGAGGCUCCGUCCCACCGCCUCGGCCCUCCCUGCCCCUCUCCUCCACCAUGCACCUGGGGCCCGUGGUUUCCAAGGCCCUGAGUACCUCUUGCCUUGUUUGCUGCCUCUGCCAAAACCCGGCCAACUUCAAGGACCUCGGGGACCUCUGUGGGCCCUACUACCCUGAACACUGCCUCCCCAAAAAGAAGCCAAAACUCAAGGAGAAGGUGCGGCUGGAGGGUGCCUGUGAGGAGGCCUCGCUGCCUCUUGAGAGGACACUCAAAGGCAUCGAGUGCCCAGCUGCUGCAUCUUCUGCUGCCACCACCACCACCGGGAAGCCCCCCAGGCCUGAUGGCCCAGCCGAUCCGGCCAAGCAGGGCUCUCUGCGCACCAGUGCCCGGGGCCUGUCCCGGCGGCUGCAGAGUUGCUACUGCUGUGACGGCCGGGGGGAUGGCAGUGAGGAGGCAGCCCCAGCCGACAAGAGCCGCAAGCAUGAGUGCAGCAAGGAGCCGCCGGCUGAGCCUGGUGGGGACACCCAGGAGCACUGGGUGCAUGAGGCCUGCGCUGUGUGGACAGGCGGGGUCUACCUGGUGGCCGGGAAGCUCUUUGGGCUGCAGGAGGCCAUGAAGGUGGCCCUGGACAUGACUUGUUCCAGCUGCCAAGAAGCGGGGGCCACCAUAGGGUGCUGCCACAAAGGAUGCCUCCACACCUACCAUUACCCGUGUGCCAGCGAUGCGGGUUGUAUAUUCAUUGAAGAGAACUUUUCUUUGAAAUGCCCCAAACAUAAGAGGCUGCCGUUGUAAUCCACUCCCGGCCGGAGGAGCCGCCGGAGCCAGCCCGCCCGCCGCCGAGGAGAGGAGCCGCAGGCAUAGCCCCCGGGCCUUUGCCCUGCUUCCGGCGCGGGUCCUGAGCGGAUUCCUGAUCCGGAACCGAAUCUUGGAUCUGGCCGCCUUGGGCGGAAGCUAGUGGUCCCCGGUUGGGUAGAAAACACGCUCCGGAUCCGUCUGCUCCUGGCACCGGACGGCACAGGGCCUUCACGCCUCCAUCCCCCGGCCAGGCUUGGAGAGGGGUUAGCCCGCGGAGCGGCCAGACCCCUUGGGACCCCCAGACUCUGGAGGGGCCGGGAGGCCUGUAGCCUGGGGACACACUUCUCCCCUGAAAGUUCCAGGAUAACGUGGUACACAUUCCACGUGGGUCGGUCGUGGCCCGCCGCCGGACACCCUGGGGGUGGGUAGGGAUAGGGGAUUGGCGAGUCCUGACCCAUGCAGGAGGGGCUGGAGGCUGGGCGCCUUAACUGCCCAGCCUCGGCCAAAACCUGCGUGAAGGUCUGGAGGGCCGAGCAUCUGGGGCCUGUUCUCGAGGGAUGCGACCUUCCUGGGUGUGGGCAGACUUGCCCCCGCUGGCUUCUGCUCGUCCCCCUUCCAGCCCACCCCAUCCCUGGAGCCCAGCCUGGGAGCGCAGAAGGAGUCUCGAUCCCCGGCAGACGCGUGACCAACCCUCCGCAUGACCACCGUCUCCAGGGGCCGCAGCGCCACUCGCACGGGAGCGGAGACAGCGCUAGAUCCAUGUACACACCUGUGUGCCCCUCUAUAUAUAUGUCACAUAGAAUGUAUAUAUGUUGGGAACAUGCUCGCUUCUCCGUGUGUCGCCACUGUGCGUCGUGCGCCCCCUAGCACGGGGCCCUUGCUGGGAAGGUGGCUCCAGCGCUGCCCCCUUCCCCAUGCAGCCACCACCGCCCCGGGCCAGUGCCCACCAGUUCGUCCGCCUGUCUGUCCGUGUCCUCAGCUCUGUCCACGCUUCGAUAGGCCUGACGCAGCCCCAGCCUGGGGCCGCCCUAGCAACUUCCUGUACAUAUGACUGUAAAAUGGUGAACGUGUGUAUUAUAUCCAGCCUCGUUAUAUAGUGUAUAUAUAUGUAUACAUAUACAUAUAUAUAAUAUAUAUGAAGACUGUAAAUGUUAAGACGACUAGUGUUCUUAUUAGUAUAUUGCUUCACACUGAAGAUUGUGUGUAUCGAGCUGUUUCUAAAAGAUGUUUAUUUUCCUUAAGAGUAAAAAAAAAAAAAAAACAGUCAUUGCAUUCAGAAAAAAAAAGUCAAUAAAGAUACAACGAUUGUUUUGGAA